ACUAAAACCAAAGUCUGCGGUACGCGGGUACGAAUAAUUUACUUGGGUAGCAUGAUGGAAGGGAAUAGUAGUGUAGGCUGCACUGACAAGACUCGCACUCUUGGCAUGACUUCAGCCAUAAGCCUGGCAGCGCCCAAACAUCAGGACAAUGUCAAGACUGCUGAACUGGAAGCCUAUCUCAAGGAGGCUGGAAUGUUCGAGACAGAGGAAGAAUUACAACACAGAUUUGAAGUCCUUGGGAAGCUCAACACUUUGGUAAAGGACUGGAUACGUCAAGUUAGCCUGGACAAGAACAUGCCAGAACAGAUUGCGGACACAGUGGGCGGGAAGAUCUGCACGUUUGGCUCCUACAGAUUGGGAGUUGCUGGGAGAGGUGCAGAUAUUGACGCUCUGUGUGUGGCUCCACGACACAUUGAGAGACAAGAUUACUUCACUUCCUUCUAUGAUAUUCUUAAGGAACAGCCUGAGGUUACAGAACUCAGAGCUGUUGAAGAUGCGUUUGUUCCAGUAAUCAAGAUGAAGUAUGAGGGCAUUGAGAUAGAUUUGCUGUUUGCCAGGCUUGCACUGAAGGAAGUUAAGGAUGAUGUCAACCUAAUGGAUGAUCAGAUUUUGAAGAAUUUGGACGAGAAAUGCGUUCGUUCUUUGAACGGCUGCCGCGUGACAGACGAGAUUCUCAACCAGGUGCCGACCAGGAACAGCUUCAGACUCGCACUGCGCGCCAUUAAACUCUGGGCUAAACGCCACGGCGUGUACAGCAACGUGCUAGGUUACCUGGGCGGCGUGUCGUGGGCGAUGCUGGUCGCUCGCACCUGCCAGCUCUACCCCAACGCCGCCGCCAGCACCCUCGUCGAGAAGUUCUUCCUGGUCUUCAGUAAAUGGGCGUGGCCAGCUCCCGUUUACCUCAAGCAACCUGUCGACCCUAAAUUAGGAUUUAAGGUGUGGGACCCUCGCGUCAACGUCCAGGACAGAUUCCACCUGAUGCCCAUCAUCACCCCCGCAUACCCAGAACAAAACUCGACCUUCAACACCUCAGUUAGCACGCGCAAUGUGAUGGUGGCAGAGUUCCAAGCCGGCCUUCUCACCACAGAGGACAUUAUGCUCAAUAAGGCGCCUUGGGACUCGUUAUUCCAACCUCCAAACUUUUUCUCCAAGUACAAACACUACUUGGUGACGAUAGCGUGUGCUCGCACCCCAGAAGAUCACCUUGAGUGGUACGGUCUUGUCGAGUCCAAAAUUCGUCACCUCAUCUCGAGUUUAGAGCACAACCCUUCGAUCAGCACCGUGCACAUCAACCCAGCUGGUCUCACGUCCAUUGAUGAGGAGUAUCACAAUAAACCACACACCGUAUGGUUCUUAGGAGUCGACUUCAAUAAGCAACACAAUGCCAACAUAGACCUUACAAGCGAUAUCAACAAAUUCGUCGAAGUGGUAUACAAGCACAGCACGGCAAGCAAAGCGUACAAGGAUGGUAUGGAGGUGAACUGCAAGUAUGUUAAGCGGAAACAGCUCACAAAUUAUCUCUCGGCCGAGACUCUAGAGAAAUACAAGAGUAAAUAUCCUCUCAAUUCCUCAAGUUCAACUUCCAACAAUAACUCAACAGCUUCUUUUGACAAUUCCUCUAACAACAUCAGCACUGAAGAGCCAUCAUCUUCUGACCAGGUGGUGGAAGGCGUUACUGGUGGGAAGCGCAAGAGCACAAGCGGCGAGAUCCCCGCCCACGAAGCUGAAGCCGCUUCUGUCAACUCUAAGCGGAUCAAAACAAAGCAACAGUUCACACUGAUCAUCAAGAGUAGCAGCAGCAACCGAUUUGGCAGUAAUGGGAGCGAGAACCAUCGUAACAGACGGGCUAAUCAAAACAUCUCCACAUCCGUAAACCAUGUAACAUCAUCGCUUAGUUCCAGUUCACAUCACGGCGCAGUUGAUUAUUGUAGAGGGUGGCCAAAACUGCCACCAGUUUCACACGAUCUCAAUUCUAGGCAACACAAUCGUAGCAGCAAGCACGGCCUCAACGCAAGUCGGCGAUCACGUUUCGGCGCCAACAAGUCCAAAGAGUCGGAGGAGUUGGCUCUUGAGUUCCAGAAUCGGGAUAAAUCCCAUGCACGUGCUAGUUCAAACCAAAACAUUAAAGGCAGAAGUGACAAAAAUAAUUACUGUUAUAAGAAUUCUGAUAAUAACUAUGCCAACGAAAGGAAAUCCGGAAAUGGUAGGAGUGAAAACCCAAACAUGAAUGAAAUCACAUCCAGUCAAAGCAUCGAUUACCCUGAGAACUCGGAACAGUGUUCUAAUCUCGAUGAAAAAUUGCAAGGAAAAGUUCUUCAGAACAGUAAUAAUGGAUCGAAUAUGAGUGCCAUGACACAUACCAGUGGUAUGGAGUUUGUAGACCAUGAGGCCUUGUACCGACAAACUGAGGGCAGAAUAGAUUCAUGCGACCCCAGGCGGGGCGAGCAGCAGCAGGAAACGGAAGCAAGAACUUUAAUUAAUGGCAACACACGAAGCCUGCCCGACCAAACUCUGGCUGGUAUGACAGAACCGAAAGUCGGUGUUGCUGCUGGCACUGAGAUUGAUUUUCAUGUUCUGGCCGCUUAUUGUGGCAUGGUUCAAAACUCCAUGCUGCAACAUCAGUUUCAACAACAGUAUCAAAACCAAAUGCAGCAUCCGCAUUAUUCUAAUCAAAUGCUUCUGAAUCACGAGCGUGAUCACUUGGAACAUCUUUUCAACCUUGAACUACAACACAACCAGCAGCAACAGCAUAUGAAGGAGCAGCAGAGAGCGCAAGAGCGCUUCAUGUACGGUCCAGAACCCUUUGAUUUGCAUCGCCAACAAAAUUAUGGACAAUCGUAUCAACGUCAACACCACGACGAACACAACUUUAUGUUCAUGCGAGACUCUGAACUCGGGUACCAGUCUCGGGAGCAGGUCACUGAUCCUCUUUACCUCAGUCGCAGUCACCAGCAACAGAUCAACCAGAAUAGAUGUAGCAUGGAAGCUGUUGCGUUGAAGUUAUCCAACGCUUAUCCAAAUGGCUUCACAAAACGCGAUGCAGCAGAUUGUGCUGCUGACACCGCGACCUCCAGUGGAAAGAAAACAGCUAGUGUUUCGAAUAAUUGUAAUAAUAAUGAUAAGGAUAAUAAUAAAAAAGUAUCUGCGGUCCACUCAGGCAAGUUGCACAGAAGAAAAAGUUCUAAUCCUGAUGUUUCAGCAAUCCCGGCAAGUGCCAGUCUCAGUAGGAGUUCAAAACCUCAAAAUCAUGGCACAAGUGCUAAUCAGAAAUGCAAUCUUAAAGUCAGUAAAAUUGCUAAGUCUGGGAACGAACAAGAUAAUUUCGAAACAGAAAAGCGUCAAAAAGUUGUCGAGUCUUCUCAGUUGACAGUAUUAAAUGAAAAUUGUGCUCCCAAACAGAAUGAACCUCUCUCAUGUUCCCAUCCUUCUCUAGAUGUAAUGAUAGAGAAACUGGAAAUUUCGUCAGAUGCAGGGUCAAGUUUACAAAAUAAUUAUUCCCCAAUUAUGGAUGAUCCUACCGGUAAGGCACUGCCGAAUCUUGAUGCUGGUGAACGCUUGCCUCGUUCUGCAGCUUGCGGUUCAUCUGAAAAAAUACCCGAGACCGUGGCUAAUGUCCAGCGGAGAAAUAGCAUUGAAGUGUUUGAAGAUGUCCCUGAUCCCACUAUCCAGCCCACGGUUGAUUGUAACAAUAACAGUCCAUCGACGAUGAACAAAGUAAUUGCGAGUUCAAGCAACAGCAGCCGCAAGUCGAUGUUAAAGGAUUUGCUCUCUUUCAAGUUCACGCUAGUAUCAGCCGCGGUGCCAGCUAAGGAUGCUUCAUGUUGUCAGGGUAGUGGCACGAGCGCGAGUUCCUCAAAACCCUCAGAGGGUUUACGAUCUGCUGUGUCAAAAGAGGAAGUUUCUCCCAGCCCUGGCCCUGACGGAGAAGUUUCGGGUAAGGAAUCAAAGUCGAACGCUAACGCCGUAAAACAUUCCACCAAAUCCAAGGGCUGUUCUAAAUCACCUCUGAAACGCAUGUCCCGAAAAGCGUUAUCUUGUGAUCAAAUGUCAUCCCUGCAGGUCUGUGAACCUCAUCUACAAGCAUCGAUGCCUUCAUUGGAGAACGGGAGAGGAAUUUCUAAAGUGAAGGAAGAAUCUAAAUUGCAAAUGCGCAAAGAGCAAAUUGCCAAUAGUCGUGAGCAAUUAAAUUCUAAGACAUCAUCGACCUCAAUUUCGUCCCCAUGUGUGGCCAAUGCAGGCUCCCCUCAUGCUUCUCAGUUGCCGUCUCAGGGCUUACCGUCGACCACGUCUGUACCCAGAACUUCUUGCGAUGCAUUAAUGUUUCAUGGAGGUCAUCAGUUGGACCAGAAAACUAUAGAUUCACUUGCGUUCGCCCAUCAUCUGAACCCUGGUAUAUUCCCUCAGAACAUAUUAACCGAAUGUAAUGGGUAUCCCAUCGCUUCACACCAAUCCGUACACCCAUUGAUUAAUAACCACCACGGUAUUCCACCUGUGGCAUCUAAUCACUUCACGAAAUCGCUGCUACAAAUACAGUCUUCAAACGCUAAUGCCAUUCGGAUGCCGGCAUAUCCGCUGCCAAUUCCUGGGCAUCCGAAUUUUCACGCCCCUCAGGCAGCCUUCAUGGCGGCACCUUUCCAUCCGCUAGGCGUGCCUUCAUUUCAUCACUAUACCGGGGAACCUUUAUAUCCUGUCCUACCUCCUUCACUUGCAUAUCCUGGUGCCUAUCCUUGCCCUCUUCUACCUUCCCAGUACCCAUCCUUACCUUUGUCGUCUGGAUCGUUACUUCAUCCUUCAUUGAUGAACAAGGCGCCUGGUAACGGGCGAAUGAUGGGAGAUUUGUCGGCGUCAAUCUCCAACCUUGUUAUCGACUCUACUCGUAAUCCUUAUGACCGAAACAAUAACAGUGAUGCCUUGAGUGAAGCCAGCUCAAAGAAACAAUCUGCCUGCGGUAAGCAUAAGAAAAGUUCUAAUCAUGCGUCGUGUAAACACAAGAGUGCAGACAAUAGAAGAUGCAGGGAUAGGAAUCUUAGAGGGAGCGACAGCACUCAAAGUUCUUGCAGUUUGAAAGUCUCAGGCAAAUCGAUUAGAAAUGAACCUCCUUCAAAUAGUACCGCAGUUAAAACGGACGGAGAGAAUUACAACACAGAUAGCAGCAGUUCUAGGAGCAUAAAAACGUUCACCGCUGGAAACGAUAUCAGACGUGAAAUCACCCCGAAUCAGCCUCAGUCGUGCUUGCAUCCAGCAGCUCUGCAGGAAGACGGAAAAAGUUCGUCUCAAGUGCAAAAACCUAAGGACGUUUGCAGCAAUAAAGGAGAUUUUCUCGUUCCUUGCUCCUUCGUUAUCCAUAAUUCUGAAGCCAACUCUACAAUACCUCCUAGCAAUAUUAUUGCAAACUCAGGGGCAGCGAAGAAUUCUCUAGUGGUGAAAUCACAGGCUGAAGAUUCUUCUGUAGGUAAUCUCAGUGUGCCGUUGAAUCACGUCCCAGUUAGUCAUGCCGUAUUUAGGAACAUGAAUAGUGUUUGUGCUAUAACGCCGCCCUCUUCGCCUCUCAAGAAAACUUCCUCUAGCCUUUCGCUAUCAUCUCACCAUGAAAAUGGACAUGCAUCUCUGGAUAUGGAAGAACUUGCCACGACCAAGCGCAAGAAUUCUCGACACCAUCAUACGCAUUCACAAAACAUCAAGAAUGAAAAUAAACUUCCCUCCACGAAUCCCGCUUCUAAAUCACCCACGUAUGUUCCGAAGUCCGAAGAACGUAUCGCAAAUCCUCAGGAGCUGGCGAACAGCAUGCGUAGGAGUAGUCUCACUAUUCAUUCUACGAAUCCUCAGCCACUGAAAUUCAGUUGUAGUAACGCAGUUGAGCAAGGGACGAGUUCAGCUGAGCCCAGUAUUCUAUCAUGCGAGUCGACUUCCACUUCGCUUCCCCCAAUCACAGCUGAAAGCGCUAUUCCUUCAGCUACCAAGCUCCCCGGUAUUCUCAUCCCUUCCUUACCUCCCUUUCGUGAAGCGUCGAAGAACGCUAAGAACUGCGACGAAAUGCACACUGAAGAGAGUACUCCUCCUUUGCCUGUUUUGGACCGCCGGAAAUGCACAGCCGUUAUGCCCAGCACCAAACGAAGGAAGGACGGCAACUCUAAUAUGUGUAAGCAAGGCAGCAGCUACACCGAAGCUGCCAUUGUAGGUGUUGCCAGUCGCCGCAUGCACAAACCUCCGCAGCUCGUACUUGCGAGACAGCGAAUCUCGAGCAUCGAAUUACCGGAUGUGAUCACUCCAGACACGCCCAACGUUCCGACUUCUGUGCCGAAAUUCCGCUUGAUACUCAAGUGAGUUAAUGCCAUGGCAAACAAGAUCAUUAUCGUAACACCGAGCAGCGCAAGCGAGUUCGUGCAUGGCCGUGGCACACAAGAUGUUAUAUCUUACACUUGUGCCUCUUCCUCCGGCAUAUAUUCCAUGUUUAGCUUGACACGACGUGCAAACAACUCCUGUGCAAGAAUUAUGUCCAAUUGAGAAGAUAUGGAGUUAUUCCCAUGUUGCUUGUCGUCUACUUUGUGAUGAAGAAAAUCGCGAUCGCUAGAAAAAAAUAAAUUCUAAUGAAUGUUCGAACUUUAACCGUAGAGAGUUCAUUAAAAAGUUCCCAUUUGUUUCCCGCAUUAUGACAGUAAAAGAUACUCGUUUUAUCUAUAGAGCAUCAUAAUUUCCCGAAAGAUGAGGAUUGUACUUAGUUCCACCUUGUUGUUCCUUCCUUCGUUAGCUUUUUUGCGUCGCCGCUGAAGUGCCGUGAGUGCAGUGUGUUGCAUUUUGGCUCGACUCGUAUAGCCAAACGUGUUUGUUUGACAUUUUCCAACCAACCAUUCAUCAAAGGCUUAUAAACAGUAUUAUGUAUGCGUCUCGGCUCCAAAUGUAUUGUUUCUCGUUCAAAUUUAUCAUGAUUUCCGUCAUUUUCAAGCUUGGCAAAUUGAGUAAAAAAUGAACAAGCAUGCGUCGUGGUCCUGAUGUUUGCCUCCAGGCUCAUGUAUGUGUCUGCUAGCGACAUGGUUGCUAUCAACACGAAGCUCGUCUGACUCGCCCUUUUUAUUUGCUACAAAUUACGUUUUUGUUUUUUCCUGCUUUGUCUGAAGUAAAAAUUCUUCCUAGAAGAUUAAACAGCUGCAAUUCGUACGGCCACUUCUGUUGGAUUAAUAUGGGGCCAAACGCAGCUGAGCGAACUCCGAUAUCCAUUAUCCUGGUAUUCUCAAUUCAAUACUUACGGGAUUGCUGAAUGGCGUAAAGUUUAAUGAAAGUUGAUCAUAUAUACUAUUUGCGGUUCUCUUACCCAAUUCUCAUGUUUCGAAUUUACAAAUUUGUAUGAGAAUGGUUAGGGUUGUCACCGGAAUGUUACUUAUGAUCGUAAUUUGCUGGUAAAAACGGAAUGUGUUUCGGGUCUAGGAAUAGGUAUUUUUACUAUUUUUAUGCCAAGUGUCCUAUUUUAACUUUUUACUUAUAAGUUUGAAGAGGGGCGAGUUUUUAAAGUUAUUUUAGCUCCCACAUGUUGGAAAUUCAGUAAUAAUUCAAUGCUACCUCUUGUAUGGUGGUGAGAUUUCUACCGUUUUUCGAGCAGAGGGGAAACUCUUUUAGUUCAGUACUGCCCGGUGCUAGUGGUGCAUGGUUACAUGGACAUUAAAGAGUCGGUCAGCGCAUGGCUUAGCUACCCUUUUUUUGGUACUUGAGUAACCCUAUCUCGAUGUGAAAUAUUUUAUUGCUGAAAUGUCUGGCUUGCCAAUCGCGUGCAUUUCUUGACCCUAAUUUAAGUUUCAUUGUAUAAGUACCUAUAAAAAAUAAAAAAAAUGUAUAAAACUUAAAAAUGACAAAAAAAAUAUCAUGAAAAAAAUGCAAAAAAAAAAUUAUUUUCCGAGGUAGCAGUGAUAAGCUUCCUAAAUCUUUCUCCCUAUUAUCAUGCUUUGUAAAUCCUGCUUUCAUCUUUCUAUGUGGUCGUGAUCAAAGAAAGCCGCGGUUUUCUUUUCCGAAGAGUUUUUUGGUGAUCUUGAAGUGCUCUUUUUUUAAUUUGGCGGGUCACAAGCUAUAUUUGUUUUGCUUGAUGGUGGCCUGAAGUGUGUGGAAGUUUUUACUGUAUCUUUAUUCCGAAUGUGUGCAAAUACUAUUUUUUCAGUGUUUAUUUUAGAGAGAAUUUUGAGCAAUGUAAAUCGCCUUUCCAAAGCCUCAUCUAAUUUAAACGCCGUGGCUGUAUUUACGAUCGUAUGAAUUUCAACAUUUUUUCAUCGUGAAGUCUACAAAAUGCUCUUUUUCCCUUGUAUAAAAAGUUCCCUUAUAGACACAGCUUCUUCGUUAGUUCUAUCUUGCUCUUUGUCAAUUUAUUUCAACGCAAAGUGUCGUUCUUGUAGUGCUAUUUUCGACGAACCAGAGCAUACCUUGAGCGUUGUUAAUAUUCAUCCGAUCACUGUAAUUUCAUGAUGAAAUACAUUUCUCUCAUCAUAUUGCCUUAUUGCUCAACGAAGACUGAAAUAUCAGCGAAGUUCUUCUUAACUUUUAUUUGUUCGGUUAUUGAAAUGUAGCUUACUGAACGCUCUUCGGUGUCGUUGAUCGUGGUAUAAAUUGGUGGCUCUCCAUCACAUUAUAAGAAUGACAAUUAAAGCUAUUAUUGUAUUCCUGGCAUUUUUGAGUGGUCUGUUUCAUUUUGUUCUCAUUGAUGUUUUUGCAUAUCUCUGCUCUGUCUUUGCUUGCUCAUGUUUUUUGUCAUGGAAGUUGUUUAGCUCAUCAGUUUUCUUACACACGCACGUUCAUCCGCUGAUUUAACUCUAAUUAAUUGUGCGUAUCAUGACCGUUCACUCGAGAACCUCACACAAAUUUUUUCUCGUGAGAAUUACGGUUAAAUAUUUCAUGGUAAAGUUUUAGUAUUUUUUUCUAUGGUGAUAUGUCAUUGCGAACCCUGAUGUCGCUGGCCGCGAGUAAUUGCUGCCUGCUCCUCAGCCGAGAUAAUGUUGAGAAAUGUUUUCAGGAUGAUUCAUAGUGAAUAUGUACAUAGCAUGAGCUGCGUCUAGUGUACAUAGAUAACUUUGAUACACAUAAUUCCCAUAGAAAUCCGUUCGACGGUCGGCCAAUGUUUUAGGCUUCUUUGACUCCACUAGGAUCCAGUUGCUAUUUAGACCGUACAGUUGGUGUGGCCACAGAACGUAAAAUUUGUCAUGAUGAGGCUUAUUGAUUUCGAAGGCGUAUCGACUCGAAUGAUGUGAUGUAAAUUUUUCGAAAUGAUAUAUAUUUUUAUAAGAUAUUCAAGGCCCCCAUUGUGUUUGUGAAAGAUAGCUAUUUUUUUGUAAAGGCGUGCGUCAAUGUUGGAUACUUUCGUAUUCGAACUAUAUGGGUUUUAGAGUGCCACGUCCCUGGUAUCAAUUUCUAUUUACCCGAGCGCUUGUAAUGAUAUUGAUAUGCAUGGUAAAUCUUGGCAGAUCGACAUUGAUUGCAUCGUGGUUAGCGACGAUCUUUUACUUGAACCGGUUCAUAACAUCUAUUUCUCUUGUCGUGGUAGCUCGGUGCAAACAAUGCUGAGUGAAGCAUAGUGCUAUCUAUACUGGCUGAGUGAAGCUAAGUGCAAGAUAGACUGGGGUAGGAUUUUCAUGGUUUGUCAGUAUUUACCUCUUAGGAAUUGAGCCGGGGUCGUUCGUUUUAGGUAAAUGAGCCUAAUGCUGAUGUUUUCUAGAUCGUGGUUUACCUAUUAGCGAUUACCUUUUCUUACCCCUAUGUUCAGUGAGUCUCUUUAUUAGCAUUCUUGCAUUUUGGUUAAGGAAUUUUGCUCCGGGUCCUGUCAAAUUUCAUAAAAUGUUCAGAAAAAAUACAAAAUCAAAAUCUCA